AUGGCGGAGCCCUUUGGGUUGGGGGAUUCCGCAUCCGACUCGAUCCCACCGGAGCCCCCCUCCGCCUCCCACGGGCCGCGGCGCGCCGCGGCGCGCGCGCGCGUGCAGGCCGAGAUGCGGAAGAGGAUGGAGAGCGUCGACGAUCUGAUCGAGGAGGCCAAGCUGCGCACCGUCUGGUGGGCGCUCUGCAUCUUCGCCAUCUCCUACGUCCUCACGCAUACAAGUAAAUCAAUGUGGACAAAUGUGCCCAUGUCAAUCCUUAUACUUGCAUUUCUCCGGUAUCUCUCCUUCAAAGUGGAGUUCCGUUGGAGGGAACAGCCUGUACGUAAGCAGACAUAUUUGUCUCAAGCCUCAAAGAGGCAGUUGUCUGCAAAUGAUCAUCGCCUUUCGACUGUACCACCAGUCUCCAGAUGGAGAAGGAAAGUUGGUUCACCUUCUGUUGAGGCUGCUUUUGAAAGUUUCAUUGAGAAUAUUUUGCGAGACUUUGUUUUAGACUUGUGGUAUUCAGAUAUUACUCCUGACAGAGAGGCCCCAGAACUGAUACGUGGCUUAGUACUUCACGCUCUUGGUGAAGUAUCAGGCAGGGUGAAAGAGAUGAAUCUAGUUGACAUGCUAACAAGGGAUAUGGUUGAUUUGAUUGGUAACCAUUUAGAUAUUUUCCGGAAAAACCAAACUCUAAUUGGUGUUGAUGUCAUGAGGACUUUGUCUUCAGAGGAAAGAGAUGAGAGACUGAAGCAGCACCUAAUAGUUUCACAGGAACUUCAUCCAGCACUGUUAUCUUCAGAGCAUGAGUACAAGGUUCUUCAAGAAAUCGUUGGGGGCAUUAUGGCUCUAGUUUUGAGACCACAAGAUGCACAGAGUCCACUAGUUCGCUGUUUCUCCAGGGAACUGAUGACGUGCCUAGUCUUGCAGCCUGUUAUGAACUUCGCAAGCCCUGUCUACAUCAACGAGUUGAUUGUCUACCUUCUAAACAACAAAGAUACAGGUAAUGUUGGAGGAAAUACAAACAUGGCUAAUACGGAAGUAGUGCCUUACAAAGGAGGUUCACAAGGUUGUCAAACGGAAUCAAGGAAUUUGACUGUAGAACCUAGCAGCUUAGUUCCACCAAAUAAUUCUGGGAUGAGGUCACUUGUUACUUCUGAAUGUGGAAAGUCGAAAGUGUCAGAGGAUGACAAUGACAGUACCAUCCAACCUCGGCAGCCAGACUGGGCUGUGGUAUUGGACGCAGCUACUAAAAGGAGGUCAGAGGUUCUUGCCCCUGAGAAUCUUGAGAACAUGUGGGCAAUCGGAAGAAAUUAUCAAAAGAAAAUGAUUAAAGUAGACCAAUCAUCUAGGUUGAAAGGUUCUGGAGGUUCAGAUAACAGUCCAAGUGCAGGGGCAGUGGCUAAAGAGCUAUCCUCUAACUUCAACGAGAGAAUUGCAUCUGUUGAUGAUAAAUACAUGGUCAAUUUGAUGCAAAGUAAAAAUAGGAAUGCUCAAUCUACUUUCGUCACAGGUAGUCAUCCACUUGCUCUACAAAAUACGAAUGAAGUGAAACCAAAAGAGGGAAGUCAAGUUCAUUUCAGCAGCAAGGAGAAACCACAUGAAACCAGCAACAGUGUAAAAGCUCAACUAAAACGAUCUAAUAGUACUCCUGAUAUUGAGAAAAGAUAUUUGGCAAAAAGUAACCAGCCCAUGGUUCCCAGUGAAAUGCUAAAUGUGAGGAAAAAUCAGGAUGAGAGAGGUGCCGGUCCUGCCUCACAUGUUGAGGUGCUAAUGCAUGUUCCGAAGAUAAGAUGCCGGGUUGUUGGUGCAUAUUUUGAGAAACUAGGUUCAAAAUCUUUUGCAGUUUAUUCUAUCGCGGUGACUGAUGCGGAUAACAAGGCCUGGUUUGUGAAAAGAAGAUACCGGAAUUUUGAACGUCUUCAUCGACAACUGAAGGAGAUACCUAAUUAUUCAUUACAUCUGCCUCCAAAGAGUUUUCUUUCGUCUAGUGUUGAUGAUUACCUUGUGCACCAACGAUGCAUUCUCCUGGACAAAUAUCUUCAAGAUCUCUUGUCUAUAGCUAAUAUUGCAGAACAGCAUGAAGUUUGGGAUUUCCUGAGUGCAUCCUCAAAGAAUUACUCUGCUGGAAAGUCCACCUCUGUUAUGAAAACCUUGGCUGUUAAUGUUGAUGAUGCAAUGGAUGACAUUGUUCGACAAUUUAAAGGAGUUUCAGAUGGUUUGAAACGGGCGGUCGGCACAUCACCUUCUAGCGCAACUGCCCAAUUUGCAGAUAAUAGGAUGUCUCUAUCUUGGAACCAGGAAGAGAAAGAUAACCACAACUUGCAUCAAAGAAGCUUGGAAAGUGCUCAUAGCCUUUCAGAUGGUGAUAGUAACUACGAAGAUCACACCUCAUCUAUGAAUAGUGGAUGCCAUUCAGACAAUGAGGUCAAUAAUAGAGGCCAUACUUCAAAUGAUGUUAAGCACAUCAAAACAUACUCCAGUUUGGAUAAACAAGCCAGUGACCAAAUAGGAAAACCUACAAGGGCAUAUUCUGAUUCUUCAAACAUGUCAUCUCUAAAUACAUACGAGGAUCCAACAGGAAUUCCUCCUGAGUGGAUGCCAACAAAUGUUAGUGUGCCUUUAUUGAACCUGGUUGACAAGGUAUUCCAGCUAAAGCGACGGGGUUGGAUACGGAGACAGGUUCUUUGGAUAUCAAAACAAAUUUUGCAGUUGGUCAUGGAAGAUGCAAUCGAUGAAUGGAUCAUAAGACAAAUCAAUUGGCUACGAAGAGAAGAUGUCAUUGUACAGGGAAUACGUUGGAUUCAAGAUACCCUUUGGCCAAACGGUAUAUUCUUCACCAAGUUGGAUGGAUAUAAGGGGAAUGCAGGCACAAGUCAAUUUGACAAGCAGUCAUUUUGGAGUCCCAACCAGGCUGUUGGCAACAAAAAGAGCACAAGCUCUUUUGAACUUCAGCUUGAGGCAUCCAGAAAUGCCAGUGAGGUCAAAAAGCUUCUUUUAGAUGGAACUCCAUCGACCUUGGUCAGCAUAAUUGGAUACAAGCAGUACCGACGCAGCGCAAGGGACAUGUACUACUUCCUCCAAUCCAACGUCUGUAUCAAGCAGCUCGCAUAUGCAAUGCUAGAGCAGGUCCUUGUGACAGUCUUCCCAGAGCUUCGCCAGCUAAUAGACGACAUACAUGAGAAAGGCCGCAAAGAGCAGGCCUCAUUCACAUACCAACUCUGA